GUAGUGUUUUGUUUUCACAUUCUGAAAUCUGAAUUGAAUUGUUUCUGUAAUGAAUCUGAAAACGGUGGCGGUUUGGUAUGUUAGUUGGACACAAAAAUUUGUUAUAAAUACGUCGAAGAUCACUCCUCACUCGUGGCGCUCUUCUCUCUUCUUCACACACACAAACAAAGAAUUGGUCUCUACAACUCCCACAAUUCAAGGAACAAUGGCAUCCCAUAUUGUUGGAUAUCCUCGCAUGGGCCCAAAGAGAGAGCUAAAGUUUGCUUUGGAGUCAUUCUGGGAGGGGAAGAGCAGCGCCGAGGAUUUGAGGAAGGUGGCUGCUGAUCUAAAGGCAUCCAUCUGGAAGCAGAUGGCAGAUGCUGGGAUCAAGUACAUCCCCAGCAACACUUUCUCAUGGUAUGAUCACAUGCUCGACACCAGUGCCUUGCUUGGCGCCGUUCCACCCAGAUAUGGUUGGAGUGGUGGAGAGAUUGGGUUUGAUACCUACUUCUCCAUGGCUAGAGGUAAUGCCUCAGUGCCUGCUAUGGAGAUGACCAAGUGGUUCGACACCAACUACCACUUUAUUGUCCCUGAAUUGGGACCUGAUAUGAACUUCACUUACGCUUCCCACAAGGCAGUAGACGAGUACAAGGAGGCCAAGGCACUUGGAGUAGAUACAGUUCCAGUCCUUGUUGGUCCGGUAACAUACUUGUUGCUCUCUAAACCUGCCAAGGGUGUUGAUAAAUCCUUUUGUCUUCUUUCUCUUCUCCCGAAAGUCCUUGCAGUCUACAAGGAGGUUGUGGCUGAUCUUAAGGCAGCUGGUGCUUCAUGGAUUCAAUUUGAUGAACCUGCCCUCGUCUUAGAUCUUGAGUCAAAAGAAUUGCAAGCAUUUACUACAGCAUACUCAGAAUUUGCGUCUGCUUUAUCUGGAUUAAAUGUACUUAUUGAGACUUACUUUGCUGACGUGCCCGCUGAGGCUUACAAGACCCUCACAUCUCUAAGUGGCGUCACAGCAUUUGGAUUCGAUUUAGUCCGAGGAACUAAGACUCUUGAUUUGAUUAAGGGUGGAUUUCCUAGUGGAAAGCACCUCUUUGCUGGAGUGGUUGAUGGAAGGAACAUUUGGGCUAAUGAUCUAUCUGCUUCUUUGAAUACAUUAAAGAGUCUUGAGGGCAUUGUGGGUAAAGAUAAUCUUGUUGUGUCCAGCUCUUGCUCACUUCUUCAUACUGCUGUUGAUCUUGUUAAUGAGACCAAGUUGGAUAAUGAGAUCAAAUCAUGGCUGGCUUUUGCUGCCCAAAAAGUUGUUGAAGUAAAUGCGUUGGCUAAAGCAUUGUCUGGUCAAAUGGAUGAGGCCUUCUUUUCUUCUAAUGCUUCAGCUCUGGCUUCAAGAAAGUCUUCUCCAAGAGUGACUAACGCAGAUGUUCAGAAAGCUGCUGCUGCUUUGAAGGGUUCUGACCAUCGCCGUGCUACGAAUGUCACUGCUAGACUGGAUGCUCAGCAAAAGAAGCUUAACCUUCCAAUCCUUCCGACCACCACGAUUGGAUCCUUCCCUCAGACUGUAGAACUGAGGAGGGUGCGCCGAGAAUACAAGGCCAACAAGAUCUCUGAGGAUGAAUAUGUUAAAGCAAUUAAGGAGGAAAUCCGCAAAGUUGUUGAACUUCAAGAAGAGCUUGACAUUGAUGUCCUGGUACAUGGGGAGCCUGAGAGGAAUGAUAUGGUUGAGUACUUUGGUGAGCAACUCUCAGGCUUUGCCUUUACUGUAAAUGGGUGGGUGCAGUCUUAUGGAUCCCGUUGUGUGAAGCCACCAAUCAUCUACGGUGAUGUGAGCCGCCCAAAACCAAUGACCGUUUUCUGGUCAUCAGCUGCACAGAGCAUGACCAAGCGUCCAAUGAAGGGAAUGCUUACUGGCCCCGUCACUAUUCUCAACUGGUCUUUUGUUCGUAAUGAUCAGCCAAGAUCCGAGACUACCUAUCAGAUUGCCUUGGCUAUCAAGGAUGAAGUAGAAGACCUUGAAAAGGCAGGUAUUACUGUUAUCCAAAUUGAUGAGGCUGCUUUGAGAGAAGGUUUGCCGUUGAGGAAGUCGGAGCAAGCCGAUUACUUGAAGUGGGCAGUUCAUUCCUUCAGGAUCACCAAUAUUGGUGUGCAAGAUACUACUCAGAUCCACACCCACAUGUGCUACUCAAACUUCAAUGACAUCAUCCACUCAAUCAUUGAUAUGGAUGCUGAUGUGAUCACCAUUGAGAACUCACGUUCAGAUGAGAAGCUACUAUCAGUGUUCAGAGAAGGAGUGAAGUAUGGAGCUGGAAUUGGACCUGGGGUGUAUGACAUUCACUCCCCAAGAAUACCACCAACGGAAGAAAUUGCUGAGAGGAUCAACAAGAUGCUUGCAGUGCUUGAGAAGGACAUUUUGUGGGUCAACCCUGACUGCGGGCUCAAGACCCGCAAGUACCCGGAGGUGAAGCCUGCACUCACAAACAUGGUUGAAGCUACUAAGGUCAUCCGCAAGCAGCUUGGCAAGUGAACACUGUAGGAAAGGAGAGUAUCAGUAGCCAACAGAGAUGGUUCUGCUUAUAUUUGCUGUUUUGUGUGUGUUGAAAUAACCGAGUUUUUAGUUUAUAAAAGUUUUAGGUGCUUAGUUUGGGGAUGCUCUGAGCAAUUCUUCCCCCUUCCCCACCGAGCCUUAUACUGCUAGAUAAACAUUUUGUAUUUUUUUAGCAUUGCUCAAUCUUUAUUGAUAUGCAAUCGCAGCUAUUAGUUUUGUUCCA